UUUCGACUUCCUGUUUUACUCGACGUCAUUUCCGUUUUCUUAGCUGGCGGGACUUCUCCACAUGUUGAAAGAGGGGCUGUGUCGGGUUAGAGAUCUAUAAGUUGUGUGAGAAAAAUACAAGAAGAUGAUGGCAGCAAACGAAAAAGUGGAAUCUCUGUUUCUAAAUGGCGGUUGUGAAGAAUCUGAUCAUGGCGCCGCCUCAUCUCACUCGACAGCGCACAACUCGAAAACAGAGCAGCCGCAGAGGUUCACCUUCAGUCCAGAGCCCACCAUGGAAGACAUUCGGAGGAUGCAGGCAGAGUUCACGGACGAGCGUGACUGGAACCAGUUCCACCAGCCCCGGAACCUGCUUCUCGCCAUGGUGGGAGAGGUGGGGGAGGUAUCGGAGCUAUUUCAGUGGCGCGGGGAGGUGGCCGAGGGCCUGCCGGGCUGGACAGAGUCUGAGCGGGAGCAGCUGGCUCACGAGCUCAGUGACGUCAUGAUCUACCUGGUGGAGCUCGCCGAGAAGUGUCGCGUGGAUCUCCCGCAAGCGGUGCUGCGCAAAAUGGCCCUCAACAAACUCAAAUAUCCCGCAAGUAAAGUCCACGGGUCGGCCAAAAAGUACACGGAGUACAAGGACUGAGCUGGUUGGUGGAGGCCAGAGACUGUUGCUGCUAAACCUUUUUUUGUUCUCCGUCACAGUGAUAUUUCUUUCAAUGCUGACGCCUUUUGUCUACUCAGUUUUACAUCUGAGGUCAACCUAAAAAAAAGACCAACGGGAUUUUAUUUUGAAAAUUAUCUGUUUUUAUUAGGAAUUAUUUUUCUUACAGAGUUGGUUAUUUUUUAUGUAUUUGGAAGAGCCCAUUUUCCCUUGAACAUCUAACGUCUAAGGCUCUUUAUAAUGCAGAAGUGACAGUGGGGAGAAAAAAUGGGGUGCCAAAUCCGUUGUACUUGUCUUGUGAAAAGCACAGAACAACAAUGAAAAGGCUUUUACCUUUUGUUUAUUCCCCUAAUUAUCAUUUUGAAUUCCAUGUCUUUUCUGUUCAAGUGUUACACAAAACUGCCUGAAGUAAAAAAGAAUGGUUGAAGUUUGA